AUGGCAGAAGAGAGAUCAAAGUUAACAAUGUUCUUCUUUUCUCAUCAGAUUAUUCUCUGUUUCUUUCUUUUCUCACAAACUUCCGUUGCCUCUAGCAACACUAGUAGUGUAGGAGUGAACUGGGGAACAAUGGCGAGUCACCAGCUUCCACCUGAAAAUGUGGUGAAGAUGCUACAAGACAAUGGUUUCACUAAGCUGAAACUGUUUGAAGCAGACCAAAACAUCUUAGACGCUCUGAUUGGCUCAGACAUCGAAGUAAUGAUAGGAAUACCAAACCGGUUUCUUAAAGAGAUGGCUCAAGAUACAGCUGUUGCAAAUUCAUGGGUUGAAGAGAACGUCACUGCUUAUUCUUAUAAUGGCGGAGUCAACAUCAAGUACAUAGCUGUUGGAAACGAGCCUUUCCUUCAGACAUAUAAUGGAACUUACGUUGAGUUCACUUUACCAGCUCUUAUUAACAUCCAACGAGCAUUAGAGGAAGCUGAUUUGAAAACUGUGAAAGUCACUGUUCCUUUCAACGCAGACAUCUAUUUUUCCCCUGAAGCAAACCCUGUUCCAUCAGCUGGAGACUUUAGGCCUGAGCUUAGAGAUGCAACGAUUGAG